AUAUCAACAGGGGAAAACUCAUAACAAUCAAAUAGUUAGAGUUGUCAAUUACUAUGAUGUUCAGUUUAUAGCCACCUAUCCAACUGGUGGCCAUUUUGUUUCUUUUAGAAAACGUGAGGAAUUUUGUUUCUUUUAACAAAGGGCAGACAUUCCGAUUAAUGCUUGCUUCACUUCUUGAAAUGGGUUAUCAGGUGAGAUUUGGUGUUCUGGAGGCUGGAGCCUUUGGUGUUUCUCAGUCUGGGAAACGAGCAUUCAUAUGGGCAACUUCUCCACAAGAGACACUCCCAGAGUGGCCAGAGCCAAUUCACGUCUUUGCAGGCCCAGGACUGAAAAUCACAUUACCAAGGGAUGUACAGUAUGCUGCCAUCAGUAGUACAGGAGGGGCACCCUUCCGUGUAAUAGCUGUAAGAGAUACAAUUGGAGAUCUCCCACCUGUUGGAAAUGGAGCAUCUAAAACAAAGAUGGAUUAUGGAAAUGAUCCUGUGUCAUGGUUCCAAAAGAAAAUCCGAGGGAACAUGUUGGUCUUGAGUGAUCACAUAUCAAAAGAAAAGAAUGAGUUGAACUACAUCCGAUGCCAAAGAAUUCCAAAGCGCCCGGGUGCUGAUUGGCAUGACCUACCAGAAGAAAAGGUCCCCAGAUGCAUCACAAGUGAGGAGUAAGAUGCUGUAUGCAAGCUUCAAGGACAGGUUAAAGAGAGAGGUAAAUGGAUUUCAAGUCGAAUUGAAAGCUACAGACCCCAUCAAGAUGAGCAUUAAUAUAUAUCAUCAAGGGCCAGGCUCUUCACCCUUCAUCAUUUUUUUUCUUUCUUUCUUUCUUUAUUAAAAAAUCCCAACCAUCAACAUCUUUCACUCAAUUCUCUUCUUCUUCUUCUUCUUCUUUUGGCAUUUUUUCUAUUGAUAAUAUAUGUGAUUCAAUGUCUAGAAUGGCAAAUUCGUUUAGUUUAACGGUUUAUGUUUCCCGGAUGUAGCUGCAAUGAGGUGAUGGGCCUUUGUAUUUUAGAUAUAUAUGGUGUGUUUUUUUUUUUUUUUUCUUUAAGAUGAUAGUGGUUUGAUGGGUAACAUUUUUUUUUUUUUUUUUUUUUUUUUUUUUAAAUUAUUGUCCUCGAUUUAAGUGAUCCAUCUUUACAGUCAUCAGACAAGGUUGGUUAAUGGGCUUGGCAGUCCAGACUAUUUAUUAGAUAGGCCACCUUUUUGAUGCGCCAUAGGCCAAAAAUCUUUUGGAGAGAGCUAUCUUUUAACUACUUUUCGGUCAUUGUAACACUUUGUAAAUGUAGAUAUGGUACAGAUGAGUUUGAAUUUCGUGCAUUAUGGAG